CAGGGACCAGUUUCAUGGAAGACAAUUUUUCCACGGACCCUGUGUGGCUUUGAAUGUAGCUACUUUAUCUGCCAACUUGAACACAGUUGUCAUUCUCCCCGAAGUGACAGAAUGAGUUCGUUGAGCGGGUUGAAUACGUCACACAAGUAUUGAUUCUGACUUUUGAAGAUGGAUGAAGGUAUAGAAAUUUCUAGUGAUGGAAAUUCCCUGAUCAAAGCGGUCCAUCAGAGCCGGCUUCGCCUUACAAGACUCUUGCUGGAAGGCGGCGCCUACAUUAAUGAGAGCAAUGACAGAGGGGAAACACCUUUAAUGAUUGCUUGUAAGACCAAACAUGUUGAUCACCAGAGCGUCAGUAAAGCCAAAAUGGUUAAAUACCUAUUAGAAAACAAUGCUGAUCCCAACAUACAGGACAAAUCCGGGAAAACUGCUUUGAUGCAUGCUUGCUUAGAAAAAGCUGGUCCUGAAGUUGUUUCUUUGCUCCUAGAGAGUGGGGCUGACCUCAGCUUGCAAGACCACUCUAGUUACUCAGCCCUCGUUUAUGCUGUAAAUUCAGAAGACAGAGAGACCCUGAAAGUCCUACUUAGUGCUUGCAAGGCAAAAGGGAAAGAGGUCAUUAUCAUAAUGACAGCAAAAUCGCCCUGUGGCAGGCACACGACCAAACAGUACUUAAAUAUGCCUCCUGUGGAUAUGGAUGGGUGUUAUUCCCCAGCCACCUGUGCCACUCCUUCAGCAAUAGACCUAAAAACAGCCUCAUUGCCACUAUCACAUUCUUCUGAAACUGAAAUGACACUUUUUGCCUGUAAAGAUCUGGAACCCACAGGAAGCAGUGAUGAUAUGGGGGACCCAAGCUCCCCCUUGAGGAAGCCUUGCGUGGCCCCUAACGGGCCGAAGCUACCUCAGGCUCCACACUGGAUCAAGAGUGCCCCCUCAUUAAAGCACCAGAACAGAGUGGCCUCCUUACAAGAGGAGCUCCAGGAUAUUACUCCAGAGGAAGAAUUAUCCUACAAAACCAAUGGGCUGGCACUUUCCAAGCGAUUCAUCACUAGGCACCAAAGUAUUGAUAUAAAAGACACUGCACAUUUGUUAAGAGCCUUUGAUCAGGCCAGCUCAAGAAAGAUGUCAUCUGAGGAAAUAAAUUAUCAAUCAUUGUUUUCAGAAGGAAAUCAGCAAUGCAUUGGCAUCCCAGUUGACCAGGACCCAGACUCUAACCAGACAAUAUUUACUUCCACCUUAAGAAGUAUAGUUCUAAAAAGAAACUCAGGAGCAAAUCACUAUAGCUCUGAUUCCCAGCUCUCAGCUGGUCUCAUCCCUGCAACUUUAGAUGAUGGCAAAACACUUAUAGGAAAGAAAAAGAUCCUCUCACCAUCUUCUUUGUUGUCAGGAUCCAAAGAAUUGUUGGAGAAUAUCCCACCAGGUCCCCUGAGCAGGAGAAAUCAUGCCCUUUUAGAAAGGCGUGGUUCGGGAGCUUUCCCUUUAGAUCACAGCAUUACACAAACCAGACCAGGAUUUCUGCCACCCUUAAAUGUGAAUCCUCACCCUCCCAUCUCAGAUAUCAAUGUCAGCAACAAGAUUUCCAGCCUUCUUUCUUGUGGUCAAAAAAUGCUUACGCCAACAGUUCCUAUUUUCCCCAAAGAAUUCAAAAGUAAAAAAAUGUUGUUAAGGAGACAAUCAUUGCAAACAGAACAAAUUAAGCAAUUAGUUAAUUUUUAAGAGAUGGCUAGAAAAUACAUUUUGUUCACAUGUCUAUACCAGAGAAAUAUGGAACUAGAGAAGAAAAUUCAAACGUUCAUCCUUUUAAAUCUUUUAAGUGGUUAGUCCAUAAUAGUUAGGGGUAUCAAAAUGUACUGUGUAUCAUCAUAUUAGGCACUGUGGAUAUACAAAUAAUAGAUAGCUUUUGCUAAGGGAAUUCUCUCAAACAAAAUUAAAACUAUUUUUUUCAAAACCUUCAAUAUUUAACAGCCUUCAUGUGGUCCAAGUUUUUAAUUUAAACAAAAAUAAGCAAAGAAAGAAGGUCACAUAUGUUGGUGAUAACUUAAAAAAUUUCAGAUUUGCCAAAUAUUUUAUUAGGAAACAUUGUGUUCAAAUCAAUUUUUUAAAAGCAUUUCAUGAUUGUAAUUUUCCAUGAUGCCAACAGCAUAAAAGAAAACAUAAACAGCUAUAAAGUGUUCUAUGAUCAAUAAGCCUAAGCUACAAAUAAAGAAUGAACUAAUUCUUGAAAAAUGUUGACUGCAGGUAGGUGACAAU